AUGGGGGUGGGAGAUGGAGGUCGGAGUUAUGCGGGUGCCGUGGGUUGCAGGGGUGGGGGUGGGGGUGGAGGUGUGAGUGGUGUGGGUGUCGUGGAUUUCGGGGUUGGCGGUGAAGGUGCGGAGUGGGGUGUUGGGAGGUGUGGAGCUAGGGCUGGGGGUAGCAGCGUGAGUGGUGGGGGUGGGGUGGGGGGUGGAGGUGUGAUUGGUGUGGCUAUCGUGUAUUACGGGGGUGGCGGUGAAGGUGCGGAGUGGGGGUGGGGAGGUGUGGAGCUUGGGCUGGGGGUGACGGCGCGGGUUGGGGUAGGGGGACUGGGGAUGUGGGGUGGUGUAGAAAGUUGGGGGAGUGGCUGUGUUUGGCAGUGGGGGUUGGAGACUGGGGAUGGGGGUGGCGGUGAGGGUGGGUGGGGACGUGGGUUGGGGGGUGGCGGUGAAGGUGCGGGGUGGGGGACUGGAGAUGGGGUGGCAGUGAAGGUAGGGGGAGUGGUUGGGUUUGGCAGUGAGGGUUGGAGACUGGGGAUGGGGGAUGGCGGUGAGGGUGGAGGGAGAGUGGGGAGGGGUGGAGCUAGGGCAGGGCGUCGCAGCGUGGGUUGGGGUGCGGCUGGUGGGGGUGGGGGACUGGGGAUGGCUGGGGCGGUGAAGGUAGGGGGAGUGGCUGAGUUUGGCGGUGGGGGUUAG